UUGGGAUGGAGGUUCUUCUCCAGAUCAGACGCUGCAUCCAAUGGAAAGCGCCAAUUAUCGCUAGAGAACGCCUGCCACUGCGCUCCUGACGCGUUCGUUUGCCUGGAAUAGCGUCGCGGGGCUUUCUCGGCUUGGUAAGCAGUUUCUUCCGUAAGCUGCGCUGCACCUGCAAAUACAGGCCCUGACGUGCUCUGUACUUGGGCGCGCAAUGUCGUCCUAGAGCCCGCAACUUGCGAUAUAGAGAGGAGGACGUCCUCGAAGGGUCGAGCCUUGCUGUCAUCAGCAGCUUACGAGCAUUCCACAACCUCUGCCUCUGAGCCCUGCAAAUGUCGCCCUCCUUCACGGUCUUUCGUGCUAAUACCACGGCCCAGCGAGCAAGCUCGACAGACGCAAAGCCGAUACUUACCGUAGUUGGCACCAAGCGCCAGGCACCGUACGAAGACAUGCCUUCGGAUAGGGCUGCAAAGAAGCGACAGCGGAAUGACUCUCACGACGACGAGGGCAAGAAGCAGAGAGGCCGUCCUCGCGUAGACGGCCAAGACGAGACAGCGGCGGAUCGGCGACGAACUCAGAUUCGCCUAGCCCAACGUGCUUAUCGUCAGCGCAAGGAGAGCACGAUCGCAAAUCUCAAGGAGCAGGUGACCACGCUUCGCAGCACCAUCGAGGAGAUGGAAAACAUCUUCCUAGCUUACAACGACAGAGCGGUCGCAUCCGGCAUGCUCCAAAAGGCCCCGGAGCUGGCCAAAGAUCUCAAAGCUGCCACAGAGGCCUUCAUCCAACUCGCUAAAAAGACACACGCCACAGAUGAUGCAGAGGAUCGCUCUGAGACUGAGGUAGAGACCAUUCCUAUGAAGCCACGAGCCACGUAUGAAAAUGACAUCUCCAUGUUCAUGCAGCAUGAUGCUGGCCUCAGUAACUCCAUUGGCUCAUCUCCUGACUCUGUGGAUCACAUCGGGGCCUCUCACAUAGGUCUGGGCUAUACGAUUGACUUCUCCAGCGAAGGCAGUUCAAGUAGCAACCAGCUUGCAAGUCCAGCACCUACAUCGGCACAGAGCGCCCUAACCAUGCACAUGGGCAUGGACUUCUCAGAUUAUAGCUUCUCUGGGGCCGGCCCUAACACCAAUCCUUUGGCAGUUGCGCCCACAACCUCUAGCAGGCCUGAAAUUCCACGGCCGAUCAUUGCACUGUCCGCCGGUGACGCAGCAGACAUGCUGAAAGUCAAGUCGAUCUCGGCGCCGUACACAUACUCCUUCAAAGAGACCACGUUCGCGCGAAGGCUACAACGUGCUUCCUUGGAGCGAGGUUUCCAGCUUAUCACCAACGCCGAGACACGGCCGUCAAGCUUCCUGCGCGUGUUCCGACUUUCGCUGCUGUACCAUACCCGCGAAACACUGCUGGCCAAAUUUCGGCGCGCUCUGUCCAGGAGUACGGACGAGCCGCUGGAAACGUUUCAGACGCCGUUCAUUCACCUAGGCGGUGCAGGAAUGCACUACAACACAGGCCGCGUGCGAAAUGGGUACAUCGUCAAGCCGGGUCCAAUGCAGCGACAGGCCAUUCUCGAAUCGACCGAGUCGCCGGGCGCGGUUGUCGACAUCGAUCUGGACCUGAGCGAGUACGAAGGCGAGUGGUUCGACAGCAACGACGUCGAGGGGUAUCUGAACGAGCUCGGCCUUUUUAUCGACCCACAGUCCAGCUUUGCCGAGGGCAACAUCACCCUUCCCGACUCUGCGAAACAACUCCUAGCGAAUUCGCCUGCAACAAAUGUCUUCGAUUCGCCAAAUGCCAGCAACGUCGACGCGGAAGUCACGAGUCUUGGAUCAGGCACGAUCGCGACACCGCAGAGCCCAAUGAUGAGCAAUGUUGAGCUCGAGCUGGGCAUGCAACGGUUGUUUCCCGAACUGGGAGCAGCGUCGCCGAACACGCUGUCGAACUCACAGGCUAUCGACUGGCUCAUGGGAAGCGGCGAUAAGACGCCCGACUUUCUGUCGAGCGGGUGGAUGAGCUGGAGACAGCCAGCCGAAUGGGACGCCGCGGACGCGGUCGGCUACGACAACUCCGGUUUGAGCAACGUGACAAUGCAGUUUCAACGGGCUGCGAACGAGAAGAGGCAGGUCACGGUCGAUGUCAGCAGGCUUAUUGACGAACUCAUCAUGAGCGCAAUAUGCCUUGGUCGGGCUCCAGGAUUCAGAAAGCGAGACGUGGAUCGUGCAUUGACUUCGGCCAUCAUCCAAAUCUUUUAACGUUCGCGCUGCCAUCCAUCAUAAUGAUCAAAACGUAUACGCACGAUUGCAUCACGAACGAACGGACGGGUCUCCGCCGG